GCAUAGAGACUGAAGGUUCAACAGAUUGCACUGAACGAUUAGUGUGACAGGAUCAGAACGUCACUCAUUAUUGCGGCCGUAUCCAAUUGUGCGUAAUCAGCUUUCAGUACCGAUAAGCUUUUAUAACGUAACUUUACAACAGGUAGAGCACGUGUCGCGAAAAAUGACGGUACCGGUUAAAAAUAUUAAAGAGGCCAUCUCUUUUGCCGGAUUUGUCGUAAUUGGUUUAAAUUUCCUUAUUACUGGAAUGUUGAUUAACUUUUUUCAACUAUUGCUGUGGGUGGGCCUGAAACCCAUGAGUUCUACAUUGUACCACAAAAUAAACUAUUAUCUGACCUACGCGGUCUGGGGACAAAUGGAAUUUCUUGCCGAGUGGUGGUCAAGUUCUACCUGCAUAGUCUAUACAGAUGACAAGACAUGGGCAAAAAUGGGAAGUGAGCAUGCCAUCCUGCUGCUUAAUCAUUCAUAUGAAGUUGAUUGGCUAUUUAGCUGGUUUCUUUGUGAGCAUGUCAAAAUGCUAGGGAGUGCCAAAGCAUUUGUCAAAAAAUCUUUCAAGAAAGUUCCUAUUAUUGGAUGGACUGCAUUGUUUUCUGAAAGUGCUUUUUUGGAGAGGAGCUGGGAGAAAGACAAGUCAAUUUUGGAAAACCAAAUUACUAAUAUGAGUAAAUGCCCAGAUCCUGUUAUGUUACAUGUUUUCGCGGAAGGGACAAGAUACACCCCAGAAAAACAUGCCGCUUCCGUUGAAUUUGCUCAAAAAUCCGGUUUUCCUCCUCUGAAACAUUUGUUGGUUCCUCGUACUAAGGGCUUUGUCUUGUCAGUAGAAAAGCUAAGAGGAAAGUUUCCGGCAAUCUACUGUGCUACAAUGGUUUUUGAUACCAAAGAAGGCGCCGCGCCAGUGUUCAAGAGCUUAGUCCUUGGUCGCCCUAUUGCAGCAGAAAUAUUGGUUGAACGCAUACCUCUUGAAGAUAUUCCAGAGGACAGUGAUAAAAUUUCAAACUGGCUACAUGAAAACUACCAGCAUAAAGACAAAAUGAUUGACAUUUUCAAAACUGAAGGGAAGUUUCCUACCUCUCUUCCCGGUCACCAUUUCGAAGGACCAAUUCGUUCCCAUUAUCGUCCUAGACGUCUUUGGACAUUGCUCACAAUCGUCAUCACAUCCUUUUUAACACUUCCUACAGUAUGCUGUGCAUUCUACUCCCUUUUCUGCUCUGGAAUCGUCAAUGUUGUGAUCGGCGUUGUUUUAUUGGGAUUAGUGGUUGUUGCGUUGCUCAAGUUGAUGGAUCUAAGCAGUGCAAGCAAAGGGUCGGAGUAUGGACACAGUCCUCGUGCUAAAGCAGAUUAGACUAAUUGUCUAAUCAAUCACAAGUACCAAUAGUUCUGCUAUAUAUAACACACUUUAUUGAUCAGACAAAGUUAGUGGUUGGAUCUUUGGCUUUUCUAAAAUGGCCAGAGACGAACUGAUUGGAUGCCUUCGUCAUAGUACGCUGUAUUCUAUUUCUUGUUUAAAAAAAUCAAACUGUUUCGGGAAUUUUUGUUACCCUUGCAUGAUUGACUCUUCUGCUUUACCUAAGUAAGAAGGUGCACAAUUAAAUUUGUUAUUCUCUGAACCAACAUGAACUUACUCUUGUCAAUCAUGUAACUCAUCUGUUGAAUUAAUUCUGUGGGCUGCUAAUACAUAAUAAGCUGAUGUAUAA